CACGAAGAGGCUUGGUGGCGUUGGUGUGCUAAUCGGUGGAGAUGUUGCUAACUUCAGAUACCUCUCUUUUCGAGUUAUUUGUUAGGGUUUCCGAACUACACCAAUGAGCUUCCAUUGCCGAGGACUAGUUGGAAAUGUGAAAACAUCAUUCUCGGUAAUCAUGGUCAGCCGCCCCCAAUACCCAAUCCACCAUCCGGCCCAUCCAAGGUCUCAGAUGCUAGUAUACCGUGUAUCACCGAUGCAAUCCAGGUUCAAUGUUGCAAUUUAGCACCCACCUUUCCACCAUAGCGUCGCACCCAACGUCAGCGCUUACGGACCUCGGUCUUAGUGCGUUGCGGCUGAGGUUCAGCUCGUCCCGGAGAUCAUUGCUCGAUCUAUCGUGAGAUCCAUUUCUUGGCUUAUAAAAAUUGGCCACUGUCCGCAAUGAGGUAUAUUCCAGAGUUUUCUAGUCGUUAACUCUCUUAAAAACCAUCUUACUAUUGUUACAAAAUGCACUUCAACCCUCUUGUUCUCCUCCUGGCCACCUUUGUGGUGGCUCUCGACCCCAAAUGCGCACCGGGAGGCAACUUUGACCUUUCCAAAUGGAAGCUCCAAGAACCUGUUGGCGACGAUGGCAAGCCCAACGAAGUCUCUGGAUCAGACCUCAAGGGCUGCCAGGGCUUCCAGGACAAGUGGUUCUACACGGACAAGACGGACGGCGCUCUCGUCAUGAAAGUCCCCAAGCGAUCAGACUGCGUCACUACACCGAACAGCAAGCACUGCCGCAGUGAGCUUCGUGAAGCGGAUCCUGACAGCUGGGACCCCAAGAAGAGCACCAACCGUCUGUUUGGCGAUGUCCAGGUGAUCAAGAGCGGCGGCGACAUUGUCGUGGGCCAGAUCCAUAUGCCAUCCGAGGUCUCCAAAAAGCCUGUUGCCCUCUUGUACGUCGGCAAGGAUGGAAAACUGACUCUGGGUGUUGGAAAGUGCCGCACUUGCACUUCUACACGCUCUGACGUCGGCAAGCUCAAGAGCCCCCGUGACAGAUUCACGUACGAGAUUCGCUAUGAGAAGGGCAAGCUCUCUGUGAGCAUCAAUGGCGGCAGCUUCAAGGAGUUUGACACCUAUGACUUGGAUUCCCCCAAGAGCUACUUCAAAGCUGGCAACUACAACCAAGCCGAGGAUGCGAGUGAGGUUCACUUUUACCAAAUCAAGAUUACUCACUAAGUCUUGUCAUUGGGCUAAAACUUGAAGACGG